GCCAAUCAGCUCUCCGUGACGACAGCGAGGCGUUUCCCAUCAUGCACUACAUCCAACUGCGCAUGCGUCGUUCAAAGAUGGAGUCCGACGAGCCUCCGGUGUCGGUCUCCGUGUCUCCGGGAGAAAAGAUGAGGCUGUUGGUGAAGCAGCGAGUCCACGCGGCCGUUGAAGAGUCUUCUGGGCUGUUGGACACAUUGACAGCAGCUUAUGAGGACACCGUGUCUCCGCUCAGAGAACACGAGCGACACGCAUCAGACGUCCAGCAGCUGUUGGUGGUUAAAAAAGAGGUUCCUUUUGAGCAGCAGGUCUGGAGCUCCAGUCUGGACCAGGUGCAUCCAGAGCCCCCACUAGUUAAAGAGGAACAGGAGGACCAGGAGAACCCAGAGCCCCCCCACAUUAAAGAGGAACAGGAGGACCCAGAGCCCCCCCACAUUAAAGAGGAACAGGAGGAACUCUGGACCAGUCAGGAGGGAGAGCAGCUUCAAGGGCUGGAGGAGGCUGGUCUCAAGUUCUCAUUCACUCCUGUGAAGAGUGAAGCUGAAGAGGAAGCUCAGUCCUCUCAGCUUCAUCAAAGACAAACUGAACCGAUGGAAAUAGAAGCUGAUGGAGAUGAUUGUGGAGGACCAGAACCAGCCAGGAACGCAGAUCCAGAUCCUGAUGAAAAGACUGGAGACUCUUCAGAACCAGAUACUGAUGAGGAGACUGGAGACUCUUCAGAACCAGAUACUGAUGACUCUGUUGAUUGGAAGAAGACCAGAGAACCUCAAGCAGUCCGGGGUCGGGUCUUUGGGCAGCAGACCCAGCAGGCUGACUCAGACUUCCCUCUCACCUGCAACAUUUUCCAGCUCUUUCUGGGGGAUCCUGAGGCGUUCCUAGGCCAGCAGCGAGAUGUAAUCCCUCCAGCGGGUCCUGGGUCUUCCCCGGGGUCUCCUCCCAGUUGGACGUACUUGGAAAACCUCUAAAGGGAGACGUCCAGGAGGCGUCCGAAUCAGACGCCCGAACCACCUCAGCUGACUCCUUUCGAUGCGAAGGAGUAGCGGCUCAACGCCAAGCUCCCUCCUGAUGUCCGAGCUCCGAACCCGAUCUCUCAGGCUGAGCCCGGCCACCCUACGGAGGAUAUUCGCGACCUUGAUCUUUUGGUCACGGCCCAAAGUUUGUGACCAUAGGUGAGGAUUGGAACGUAGACCGACCAGCAAAUUGAGAGCGUUGCCUUUCGGCCCAGCUCCUCUUCACCAAGACGGUCCGCUAUAGCGCCUGUUUUACUGCUGCAGCCGCACCGAUCCGCCUGUCGAUCUCUCUCCAUCUUACCCUCACUCGUGAACAAGACCCCGAGAUGCUUGAACUCCUUCGCUUGGGGCACUCUGUCCCACCUGGAGGGAGCAGUCCACCGGUUCCCAGCAGAGCACCAUGGCCUCAGAUGUGGAGGUGCUGACUCUCAUCCCCGCCGCUUCACACUCGGCUGCAAAACACCCCGAAAAUAAAGAUGGUUAAACAAACUGUCAAGCUGAUACAGACUCCAACACAAGUGUAUUCAGCUAAGAUUAAGCUACUUUAUAAUUAGAUUUAUAGAAAAUAGGUUGUAUAUAGACACUUUAGAAUUAUAGUGGAACGCUGAGCACAUUGGCCCUCUUUCUGCCACACAGCAUCUCACACACACACACUGGCCCUCUCUGACCCCUCACACACACACACACACAUUGGCUCUCUCUCUGCCACCCCCAACCCCACACCUACACUGGCCCUUUGUAACUAUCCUGGGACCGACCUUCUAGCCACAGCUCAUCCCAUCCCAAAGAGAUAAGACUAUCUUAAGACUCCCGAGCUCUUUAGAGAAUCUUCAAAAAAGCAACAAGUGAAUCAUGUCUUUGUCCCGCACAUGAACUCUUCAAGCAGAGUCAAUUAACCCCAUAUACAAAGAAAUGAGAAACAACAUGCACACACUACUGAUGGCUGGAGAAGGAAGACCUGAGUGGGGCCUAGAGGGUUGGACUACACCCUGUGCUCCAAUGAGGCUCCUAAGUCUAAACCACGGGCCGCCUCCUACUUAUUAUGCAAAUCCAAUCACAAGUGCUCUUAAAGACUUUAUAUGCAUAACUAAUCUUUUGGAAUGUCAGUCUGUCAGGAAUGGAGCGAGCGGAGGCCCUUCCUACAGACCCGAGUACACGCAUUCAGCUUGUGUGAUACUCUGUUGAAUAAACCUGAUUGAAGUUCAACUAAAAUCCUUCUGCAGUACGGCUGGUCUCUCCUGCACGCGUACUCGUGGAUUGGUUAAAUCGCGACACUACACAUCAGUUUUUCUGGUAUUGUCUUGUGUUUCAUGUGUUAUGUAUUGUCAUGUUUAUAUGAAUUUAAAUUGUUUUACAUUGUCAUAGUCUCUUUAGGUUCUUGUUACCUCUGCAUCGUGGGAUCAAGUGUUGGUACCACUUGCUCCUCGGAGGCCUGUUGGAGAUCUGGCUCUGGAGCUUCUUCAAGCUGGGACUGAAGAAGCUCUCGCUGGUCUGCCGCUCCUUUACUGGUCCUGCAGAUUCUGCUGGAGUCUCUCUGUGGAGAGAGGAGGACACUUGGUUGAAGAUAGCUCGCUCUAGAGUUUUGGAAAGAAAAGGCCGAAGAGAGAAAGGUCUGUAGUCGUUGACUUCAGAUGGGUUGAGGGUGGUUCCCUUCAGGAGACGGUUCACUCUCGCCUCCUUCAGAGGGUUAGGGAAACGUCCGGUUGAGAAGCAGCUGUUGAUAAGAUGGGUGAGAACGGUUAGAAGGUCAGAAGCAACAGCCUGGAGAAUGUGAGAUGGGAUGGGGUCAAGAGGUCAGGUGGUCGGGGCGCCGUAGAUUACUAAGGUAAGAACCUGAUCAGGAGACAGGGGGAUGAAAGAGGGAAGAGAGGGGGACGAAGAAGAAGUUCAUGGAAUUGUAGUGAGAGAAGAUGGAUUAGUGAAGGAGCGUGUGUUGUCCAUCUUGUUAGUAAAGGAGACGACAAAGUGGCUCUGUAGAAGUGUGGAAGGAGGGGGACAGGGGAGGUCAAGGAGGUUGGAAAAUAUAGAGACGAGUUUAAUGGGGUUAGAGAAAGAAGAUUGAAUUGAGUUUUUUGUAGAAUGAGCUUUUGGCGUCAGAGAUAGAGGCAGCGAAGAAGGAGAGAAGAGAUCGAUCGGCUAGCAGGUCGUCUGCAUGGUUACAUUUCCUUUCAGACGCUCGCUAGGCGUCUCUCGGCGGUAAUCGGGAAGACAGCGGCAGAGACGACGGAGAAUCAGCUGCAGGUGAAGAAGCCGAGUUGGGAAAGCCGAUCAGCGUUAUGAUAAAAGAACUAGUUAACUAGAUCCUGUUGGAUUGGCGCAUUGCUCAAAUAGUUAAUAAAAGGCUUCCAGGUCUCAUCAAAAGGAUUCACUGGAAUCUCUGAGUCCAAAUCUGAUCUUUUAAAGUUUUAUAUGAUUUAGGAUCUCUUUUAACUGUUAUGUGUGGGUGGGAGAGCGUGUUUCCACUUAAAAAGUAUGAGGUGUCUAGCUAACGGUGUCGUGAAGGCCAGGAGGCAGGUUGUGUGUGUGUAAGUGUGGCAGAGGGUAGCCUCACUCUCUGGGCGUCAGCACACCUAAUUUGGGGGAGCCAAUCAUAGUGCGCGGGGCCCGGUAAAAGUGACGGGGAAGCGUUUGGUUUCCCCUUGACAUCAAGCACGGCUUCCGCCACAUUUACGGACGCGUUGGGCUCCCCUCCUCCUGUAGGCUACGGAGGUUCAUCUCUGGUGCGCGCUGGUGAGUUCAGUUCCACUCCGGCUGUUAUGGUCUCACUGUGACGUGUACCUAACUCGUUCCGAUUUUUUAUAUAGCCGGCAGCUUGCCUCCUCCCACCUUCCAAGUGGAAUGCUUGGAAUGCCCGACUGAUCGGUAGGUGACAUCCGGGUGCGGGGUCCCGUAGCUUGGGAAGUAUUACUAUUAUUAUUUUGACGGGCUUUCGUCCUUUUAUUUUAGGAGACUGUUGGCCGGGUCGGCGGAACGCUGCCACUCCAUAUGGGCCACUGCUGUUUUGCCUUGGGUUGUUUUAACCAUUGCCGUGGCACUGUUGAGCGUCCACAAACGCUAUUUACGGCAACGCAACUGCGUCGGCUGUGGCUGCGUUGCGGCCUGACCGGGCACAGGGCCGAGCCAACACUGCCUCUGCGGCGCGUGGGACGCCAUUUAGCUCCCUUUGAGUAGGAGCCGUUACUGGGAUUUAUUAGGUUGUCUUGUGUUUAUCUGUUUUUGUUUCUCAUUUGUCUCCUGCUUAUUAUUUGUCUUUUGUUUGAUUUUGCCACGUGGGGUUUUCCCUUCAUGGGGAAACCCGGUUUUGUUAUUAAUUAAGUUAGUCUUUUGUGUUUGUAGGUGCUCGCAGACCAAGGUGGCGGGAGUGGCGCUUCCGGGAUUUGGGGUCUCCCUUUGUGUGUUGUGUUUUUAAGUUAUCUCCAGUGCGGACCCUCACGUGUGUUGUGUGAGUGUGCUGAGGGCGUGCACGAGUGAUUGGGGUGCUUACUUUGCUUUUGGGACCCCACCCGCGCUGGUCUACCUCACCCGCCACCGGUCAGUCCCCGCCCUACACCUUUAUUUUCAGUAACGGCCCUUUUUAUUAUUAUCUUGCAUUUUAUACCUUGUGUGAUCAAAUAAAUAUUGUAUAUGGAUUGGAA